AUCUAUCGUUAUCGUCAAAAAUCUUUAGUAUUUGCCAACGAACACCAAAAUGUUAUCAAAAUUGCAACGAGCAACUGAUAAGGCAAGGUUGUUCCUGCAAAUCAAGAAUCAGGCGCUUUCUACACUCUUCUUUACUCGGCAUGUAAGCAUGGGGAACACGAGCCCAUCUAAAGUGCAGGCUCUGUACGAACUCUGCAAGACCAGUUUCACACCAUCAGGCUCGCCUCCUCCCUCCUCUCAUGCUAUCCAGAAAAUCUACUCUCUUUUGGACACAGUUCACCCUGUUGAUUUUGGACUUAAAGAGGACAAUCCAGAUGAUGAUCGAGGGCAUGGCUGUUUCGGACUUAACCAAUUAAAUUGGACAGCACGAUGGGCUCAACCAAUAACAUUUUUGGAUAUCUAUGAAUGCGAUAGUCUCACUAUGUGUAUAUUCUGCUUUCCUACAGCUUCAGUUAUUCCACUCCAUGACCAUCCUGGGAUGACUGUCUUUAGCAAAAUUCUUUAUGGUUCAUUGCAUGUGAAAGCUUAUGAUUGGGUUGAGCCAGCCAAAAUUCUGGAAAGCAAGGGGCCUGGCAAUCGUGGAGCACGUUUGGCAAAGCUGGCAGGUGAUGACGUUUUGACAGUAGAAAGUGGUACGUCAGUCUUGUACCCUAAGACGGGGGGAAAUCUGCACUGCUUCACUGCGAUCACACCUUGUGCGGUGCUUGACAUUCUAACACCUCCAUACAGUGAAGAAGCGGGGAGAUUAUGUACUUACUACCAUGAUUACCCUUAUUCCACCUUUGCUGCAGGGAAAGGAGCUGCAAUAGGUGAAGGAGAAGAAGAGGACUAUGCAUGGCUUGUAGAGAUAGAAACGCCAGAUCUUUAUAUGCGCCAAGGAACAUAUAUCGGUCCACGUGUUGUUUAGCUCUCAUUGCUGAGCGGUGGAUGAUCCAGUGCUUCAUAUUGCUGUAGUUCAAGGCUUUAUCGACAAUUUCACCAACAAAAUAUACCUCUCCUUUGGCUAGUAUAGGUGAAGGCUCUUUUUCAGGGGAACUGGCACAGUUGCUCUUAUUUAGAAGUGUUUUCUCUUGUAAACUGAAGGAAAUGCUCAGCAAAAUUUCCUAAAUGAUGCUGGUUGUAACUUGUAAGUGUGUCACAUAGUAAGCCUUUCUUACAAAGGCUCUCAUCAUUAUAUAUUUUUUUUAACCGAGAAUGGUACAAUAUAUAUAUUGACAAAAAGGUAUUUUUCGUCCCUCAAUUAUGGGACGAGUUUCA